AUUGGAUCUAUAUUCUGAAGGUCUGAACUUUCCUGUUACAAAUUUUAUUGAAUCUGAAGAAUAGUUACUCAUCAUGGAUGAUUCCCAUGAUAAAAUGCUCUUGUUUCUAAUAUGCAGGAAUAAAUGUCCUGUGUGGUGUCGGAAUGCUCGCAUGGUACACCGGUGUGCUGCUGCACUGUUGCCUAGACAGCAAGGAAGGGCUUCAGACAUACCCGGAUAUCGCUGCCUUCGGCACCACCGGUGGCAUAGCCAUCUCGAUAAUCCUGUAUGUGGAACUAUAUGCCUGCUGCAUCGAGUAUUUGAUACUGGAAAGCGACAAUUUAUCCAAGUUGUUCCCCAAUGUACACCUUAACAUUGGGGGCUUGACGAUAAACUCGCAUGUGUUCUUCGCAAUCUUGAUGACGCUUGUUGUCAUGCCGACCACCUGGCUCCGUGACCUCACCUGUCUGAGCUAUAUUUCUGCUGGAGGUGUGGUUGCAUCAAUCCUUGCAGUCAUCAGCUUAUGCUGGAUUGGGGUUGUCGACCAUGUCGGCUUUGAGAACAAAGGGACUGCGUUAAACCUCCCGGGAAUUCCUAUUGCGAUUGGACUGUACGGUUACUGCUACUCGGGGCACGGGGUGUUCCCAAACAUCUACUCUUCUCUGAGGAAUCGCAACCAGUUUCCUUCCAUUCUUUUCACCUGCAGGUUCUCUACCAUUUUGUUUACUGCCACUGCGGUGAUGGGAUACAAAAUGUUCGGCGAAUCGACCGAGUCUCAGUUCACCCUCAACUUACCGGAGAAUUUUGUGGUUUCCAAGAUUGCCGUUUGGGCUACGGUGGCUAAUCUGAUAACCAAAUAUGCAUUGACCAUAACCCCACUGGCCAUGAGUCUGGAAGAGUUGCUGCCGCGAAGCCUGCAGAAGUACUCCAACAUAUUCAUACUUAGAUCAGCCCUGGUGGUGUCAACCCUCAGCAUUGCUCUGUCAGUUCCCUUUUUGGUAACACUUGUGAUGGCUCUCAUUGGUUCUUUAUUCGCCAUGCUUGUGACCUACAUUCUGCCUUGUGUCUGCUUUCUGGCCAUCCUUAAGGCAAAAGCGACUUGGUAUCAGACUGCGACAUGCUCAUUCAUCAUCGCAGUAGUGGUUACCUGCGCCUGCGUGGGGACAUACUCAUCCCUCUCCGGGAUUGUCCAGAACUACGCCACCUAA